AUGGUCCUCGUCUGCCUGAUAUUCAGCGUCCUGUCCACCAUCGAGCAGUAUGCAGACUUCGCAACAGGAUCUCUCUACUGGAUGGAGAUCGUGCUGGUGGUGUUUUUUGGGACGGAGUACGUGGUCCGUCUGUGGUCAGCUGGCUGUCGGAGCAAAUAUGUGGGUAUUAAAGGCCGUCUGAGGUUCAUCAGGAAACCCAUCUCCAUUAUAGAUCUGAUAGUAGUCGUGGCCUCUGUUGUGGUUCUGAGUGUUGGGUCUAAUGGGCAAGUGUUCGCCACAUCUGCGAUCAGAGGGAUCCGCUUCCUCCAGAUCUUGCGAAUGCUGCAUGUGGAUCGUCAGGGGGGAACGUGGAGGCUUCUGGGAUCAGUGGUUUUUAUUCAUCGGCAGGAGCUGAUCACCACGCUGUACAUCGGGUUCCUGGGUCUGAUCUUCUCCUCUUAUUUUGUGUAUCUGGCGGAGAAAGACGCAGUGGACGAGGAAGGGAGGACGGGUUUUUCUAGCUAUGCUGAUGCUCUGUGGUGGGGUGUGGUUACGGUGACUACAAUAGGCUAUGGAGACAAAGUCCCUCAGACGUGGAUCGGGAAGGCCAUUGCCUCCUGCUUUAGCGUGUUCGCGAUCUCCUUCUUCGCUCUGCCUGCGGGCAUUCUGGGAUCUGGUUUUGCUCUUAAAGUCCAGCAGAAACAGAGGCAGAAACAUUUUAACCGGCAGAUACCAGCCGCAGCUUCUCUAAUACAGACGCUGUGGAGAUGCUACGCCUGCGAGAAGUCCGACAGCUGUACGGCCACGUGGAAGAUGUACGUGCUGACGGGCGACUACAUCCCCAUCCUAAACUCAGAAAACUCCAGCCCGGGCAACUUCAGACGGCUGAGUAAGCGGUACAAACGGAAGCCAAAGGUCACACGUGAUAACGGUUCUCUGGGUCCCGGAGGAGAACGAGCCCUCUCCAUCCCACAGAUCACCUACGACCACAUCGAUGAUAAAGACCGAGUCUUUUCUGAGGAGUCCACUGGCAUCUCAAAACUUUUCCGAUCAUCAGUUAAGAAAAAACUGGACAGGCCCGAUAUCUCACGCAACAACAGCUUGGUGGAUGAGCUGGACUUCACGGCUGAAGACAUCGCUCUUCCUGUGGUCACAGACGCUUCACGUCUGUUGAGAAGCCCGUUUGUGGCAAAGGAGGAAGAAUCAGUCUCUACUCAGCACCUGAAUACAAGCAGUAAACUACUGAAAUCCAGUGUGUCAUGUGGAAGAAUGCCAUUCUGCUUUACUACUGGUAAAGCAGCCAGCUUGAAGCACGGCUCUUAUAUGCUGGAGCUGGCCUCGGUUCAUCAGAUCCGCUCACACACCGCUGAGAGGCUUAACGUCUUGUUUAUGAGUCCAGGACAUCUGAGGCCUAAUGAGGAACACCAAAUGAUAGAAAAAGAGCUCGUUGAUCCGAUUAGCAAUAAUCUACUCAAGGAUUUUGGCUGUGGGGUCUUAAAACUGUCUGUGACUGAAGGAAGACAGGCGUCUGGAGGGUCCAGAUUCUGCUUUAGUGUGUUUGCCGCUCAUAACCAGAGCCAUACAGCCCUCAUUAAGCCUUUCCCAGGGGUCUCGGCUCUAAGUGCCACUAAUAAUUCUUCCAAUAAGUCUGGCUGGGUGAUGAAAGUCGGCCCUUUCUCAGCUCCAGGUGUAUACGAGCAGGAGCGCAGGCCGAGGCUCACAGGUGCAGGGGUGACAGUGGAGCGCUGGAUCAGGGUUUGUUGUUACUGGAGCGUCACAGAGGAGCGUGGCUGUCACUUUCAGGAAACGCUCGCUCCUUCAGGGCUGGAAGAGAGACGGAGAGUGCUCCAGCCGCUGGACGAUGCUGGUUUCCUGUAG